AUGUCCUCCAAUACUGGCACGAACAAAUUCCCUUCGAUCGUCCUCCCUUCGAUCGCGCUCGCGUCCACCGCGUGCGCUUUACUCGUCCAAAACCACCACAGAGUUGGACACGUUCCCGCGAUUUUUAAGCGCAUUUUUGGACGGUUUGGAGAGAAGAAAACAAAGAAGACAAAGGAAAAGGAGACACCUUUUGACGAGAACGAAACGAUUAAAACUUCUUCUUCAAACGACGAGAAGGACGACGACGCAAAAGCAGCGAACAAAAGCAGCAGCAGUAAAGAAGUUAAAGAAAAAGUUAUUAAAGAAGAAAAAAUUGGUUUUCUUUCCCCACAAGAAAAAAUGGAGCAAAAAAUGGAGCGAAACGAGGAGCGCGUGAGACGCGCGAACGAGAAAGGGUUCGAGAUGAUCACCAUUCGCGCGAGCAGUCGAGAGGACGCGAAGAAAAGAGAACGGGCGAAGACGACGACGAAAGAGUUGUUGUUCGGGAAGAAGAGGAUGAAGAUGAAGAAAGGCGCGAGCGACGAGAGCGAGGAAGAGGAAGAGGAGGAGGAAGAAGAGGAGGACGUGAGAAUAGAGGUUGAUAUUUCCACGUUUGGGGCGGCGAUUGUGGCGCUGAGAGUGCCGAGUAAAGAAAGCGAGGACGUGGAGGAUGUCGUUUUAGGUUUUAAUUCAGUGGAGGAGUACGCGAAAGUGGACGACCAUCCGUACUUUGGCGUCGUCGUAGGGAGAGUCGCGAAUAGGAUCAAAGAUGGGAAAUAUACCUUAGAUGGCGUGGAAUAUAAGUGCGAUCGAAACGAUGGGGAGAAACACACGUUACACGGCGGUCUUGAAGGCUUGGACGUGAAACGAUGGACGCUGAAAGACGUGUCGGAAAGCCACGUGGAAUUGAGCGUGUUGAGCGGAGAUUUAGAGCAAAAAGGGUUCCCGGGAAAUUGUAAGAUUUCCGUCGUGUAUCGAGUGCGGAUUAUUGAGCGCGCGAAAAUUCGCGAGAGGAAGAAAAUGUCUCUGUUGGAAGCGCCGUCGUGCGAGUUGUACGUGGAAAAGUACGCGUCGCUUACGUGCGAGUUCAAAGCGACGACGGACGCCAAGACGCCGAUUUGUUUGGCGCAACACUCGUAUUUCAAUCUUAGCGGGUGCGAUUCGAACGAAGACGUUGGGUAUCACUUGGCGGAGUUUCCGAACGUGUCGAAGUACUUAGUUUUAGACGAUGAAAAUAUUCCAACCGGUGAAAUCCGCGAAUGUCACGAGGCGUUUGAUUUCUCCGAGAAAAGGUUAGUCUUUGCGCAGUUGCCGCCUAUGCGCACGCCGCUCGGAUUCGAUCACAAUUUUUGCAUCGACGGCGACAACUUCUCGAGAUCGGUGAAUAAUCGUCCGAAAUCGUACUUUGCGGUGGAAGAUUCUAACUAUUCGCGACAUGCAAGCAUUCCAUCGACGCGAUUUAACGAAAGUUUAACCCAUUGCGCGUCGUUCGAAAGUUCUUCGAGCGGACGUACCAUGGACGUAUACACCGACGCCCCCGGCUUUCAAUUUUACACCGGCAACUUUCUCGAUGGCACCACGAGAGGUAAAAACAACGUCGCAUACGACGCAAACACGGGUUUCUGCGUCGAAACGCAGUGGUGGCCAAACGCAGUCAACGAAAAAGACUUUCCGGAUUCAGUGCUGGAGGUUGGUCAAACCUACGUCCACAACACUUGCUACGAGUUUGGUUUGAAUAAAGGGAUUGGAGCGAGCUUCGUGGCUUCGUAUUGA